UCAUGCUGCUGCCAGGUCCAGAGUGUCUCAUGGGUCCCUGUACGGCCUCCCAUUGCUGCUGUCUCCAUCGCCACACUCUGCCAUGUGCCACUUUCAGGUCUCCUCACACUGUUGGUGGGUUCCAUUUUGUCAUAGGGUGCUGGCAGAUUACGGGCCUCCCAUUGCUGCUGCCAGGCCCGUAAUCUGCCAUGGGCCCCCGUACCGCCUCCUCAUGCUGCUGCCAGGUCCAGAGUGUCUCAUGGGUCCCUGUACGGCCUCCCAUUGCUGCUGUCUCCAUCGCCACACUCUGCCAUGUGCCACUUUCAGGUCUCCUCACACUGCUGGUGGGUUCCAUUUUGUC